AUCCGGUUGCGCGGUCAACCGCGCAUUUUGGUAACGCCUUGGAAAACAUUUAAUAAAUAGAUAAUUGAUCGUAUAAAUACAGAUGGCUUCGUCAACCGUACUACGGGUAAAACGGAGGUUAGAGGAGAACCCACAGGACACAUUAGUGCUUAUGUGCAAACGAAUAAAAACUGACAAGGAGGAAAUAUCACCAUCACUGUUUGUUUUUCGGGGAACUGUUGAUGAUCAGGAAACCGCUCAUGUGAAAAACUUACUCCCUAAGAUAGAUAUAAAACAGCAAACACUUCCUAAUGUAGACAAUAUCAUAGACAAGUUGAGGAAAGAGCGCAAAGAGGUUGCAACAAAAAGUCGUUAUGAAAUUGUUAACUGCAGCAGAGGUUUGAAAGACAGUGAGACUGAUGCAGACGGUGAAGAUAUACUGAACCUAAUAGAUCUGCAGAAAACAGAAGAUAAAGAUGAUAAUCUCAUGUAUGCCUAUGAUGUAUACACUAGUGUGAAACAGGAAUUUGAUAUAUCUAUGAUAGAUAACUUAGUUGGAGUAGAAUCCGGUCUAGUAAUAGAGUCAUAUGACCCCACACAAGACUCAGACGUGGAAGCUGAUGAUGAUGAUGAUUCUAAUGAUGAGAACAACUGGAGAAAUGAUUACCCUGACUCGGAACCCAGCAGCAUAGACUUGGAAGAUAUGGUCCAAGCCAUGCAGAGGGUUGAUAUUGAUGAUGACUUAUCCAGCGAUACAGGUGAAGACAAAAUCUACGAUGAUCCUCCAGACUUAUUCAAGGACGAUGUGGAGAAAUACGGAGAAGCAUACGCUAAAUACAAAGCCAAGAUACUUUCACAAAACCCAGAUCUAUCUAACAAUAGGAGUCUAAUACAUUGUACAAAGGUUGAAGACGAUGGGUAUAAGGAUGAUAGUGACGAUGGAUUUUAUUAUGGAGAAGACGAGGAUACAGAGCAGUUUAAAGAGCAAUAUAGAGAAGAAGAUUCUUCAGAUGAAUAUAGUCCAGAUUAGAAUGGUGUAGUUGGCAGAUAGUUAGUA